UCCCAAACUGCGCUGGAUCACCAGCAUCCUUUACGUGGACUACCUGAUCGUCAACUUGGUCUACUACGGCCUCUCCUUGAACGGCGGGAACCUGAGCGAUGACCCUUUCCUCUUCAUGGUCCUUUCCGGGCUCAUGGAAGCUCCCGCCUACUCUCUUCCAGUGCCCAUCGUUUCCAGGUUCGGCAGGCGAGUUCCAGGAGCCCUCAGCUUCCUUCUGAGCGGCGUUGCGCUUCUGGCUGUAUCUCCUCUGCCCAAGGAAUACGGAUGGCUAAUCAUGAUCCUGGCCAUGGCUGGGAAGGUGGCCAUAUCCACGGCCUUCCAGAUCAUCAUCUUCUAUUCGUCGGAACUUUUCCCCACCGAAGUUCGGAGCCGAGGACUCGGAACUUGCUUCAUGGUGUCCAGGAUCGGGUCGAUCGUGUCGCCUUUUGUCACUGAGAUUCUUGGGACUACUUUUCCAUGGGCCCCAUCGCUUCUGUUUGGUGCGUGUUCCGUCAUAGCAAGCAUUGCUAUGCUGACCUUGCCUGAGACUUCUGGGAUUGCUCUCCCAGACACCAUUGCUCAGCUGGAGCAACGCCAGGAUAAAGAGAGGUCAUGGAGAAUCUUCAGACUUCCUGGGAGGCAAAAUCAGGAACUGACGGACAAACAAGAGUCCACAGACCGUCUGUGAUUUAUUUUAUUAGGGUAGCAAACAAUGAGGACAAGAAUCAGUUUCCUGGUCAAGUCAUAAAGCGUCAAAUUUCUUUCCCAUUGAGAUGUUAUUACCUUUUAUCUCAUGUUUUUUUUCUAUCACUUUUAUCUCAUUCUAAAUGAUUUUUUUCUAUCUCCAGAGUUAUACUUUCUUUUGUAAAUAAA